GGCUGGGGCAUGGAUGAGCUGUCUUCUUCCCUGUCCCCAGCCAAACCUCUGCUGUGUCCCUGCAGGCCCGGAUGGCAGGCGAGAGAGGAGCCAGUGCUGUUCUCUUUGACAUCACUGAGGACCGAGCUGCUGCUGAACAGCUGCAGCAGCCCCUGGGGUUGACUUGGCCAGUGGUGUUGAUCUGGGGCAAUGAUGCUGAGAAGCUGAUGGAGUUUGUGUACAAGAACCGGAAGGCCCACGUGAGAAUUGAGCUGAAGGAGCCCCCGGCCUGGCCAGAUUAUGAUGUAUGGAUCCUCCUGACUGUGGUAGGCACCAUCUUUGUGGUCAUCCUGGCUUCAGUGCUGCGCAUCCGGUGCCGCCCCCACCACAGCAGGCCGGAGCCCCUUCAGCAGCGAACAGCCUGGGCCAUCAGCCAACUGGCUACCAGGAGGUACCGAGCCAGCUGCAAGAGGGCCCGGGCUGAAUGGCCGGACUCAGGUAGCAGCUGCAGCUCAGCCCCCAUGUGUGCCAUCUGCCUGGAGGAGUUCUCUGAGGGACAGGAGCUACGGGUCAUUUCCUGUCUUCAUGAGUUCCACCGUACCUGCGUGGACCCCUGGCUGCAUCAGCAUCGGACCUGCCCUCUCUGCAUGUUCAACAUCGUAGAGGGCGAUUCAUUUUCCCAGCCCUUGGGACCCUCUCGACCCUACCAGGAACCGGGCCGGAGACUCCACCUCAUUCGCCAGCAUCCGGGUCACGCCCACUAUCACUUCCCUGCUGCUUACCUGCUGGGCCCUUCACGGAGCAGCUCGGUGGUUCGGCCCCCACGACCUGGUCCCUUCCUGCCAUCCCAAGAGCCAGGCUCAGGUCCUCGGCACCACCGCCUCCCCAGAGGAGCACAUCCCCGGCCUGUAGGAGAGCAGCAGUGCCUGGCUAUGGCCCAGCUCCCCUAUGCGCAGGGCUGGGGGCUGAGCCGGCUCAGGUGUACCUCACAGCACCCUGCUGCUUGCCCAGUGCCCCCACGCCGGGCCAGGCCUCACGACAGCAGCGGGUCUGGGGAAAGCUACUGUACAGAACGCAGCGGCUACCUGGCGGAUGGGCCAGCCAGUGACUCUAGCUCGGGGCCCUGUCACGGCUCCUCCAGUGACUCAGUGGUCAACUGCACGGACAUCAGCCUGCAGGGUGUCCAUGGCAGCAGUUCUACCUUCCGCAGCUCCCUGAGCAGUGACUUUGACCCCUUGGUCUACUGCAGCCCUGAAGGGGAGCCCCAGAAGGAGGAGCCACAUGUCAGUGUGGCCUCUCGUCCCCGGUCCUUGGACUCAGUGGUGCCCUCAGGAGAAACCCAGGUCUCUAGCCAUAUCCACUACCACCGCCACCGGCACCACCACUACAAAAAGCGGUUCCAGUGGCAUGGCAGGAAGGCUGGCCCAGAAACUGGGCACCCCCAGUCCAGGCCUGGUGUUCCUCGGACACAGCUCCAGCUGGAGCCAACUUCCCCUGAUGAGCAAGCUGCCAGAUCCACCUCACCAGCUCCUUCAGGGCAGCUGCCCAGCCCACAACGGCCUAAGGCCAUAACAGAGCCAGCCCCUGGCCCAGCUGAAGCCUCCAGCCCCAGCUCCAUUCCCAGCAGCCUUUUAAGCUUGCAGAAAUCCAGCCACCCUGCCCGACACCCACAGAGGAAACGGCGGGGGGGUCCCUCAGAGCCCACCCCAGUCUCUCAGCCCCAGGACUUGACUGCGCACCCAGGUUGCCGGAUGUUUCCCCACUAUGGCCCCAGGCUGGCAUAUCCUUGGUCCCCAGAGGCCCACCCAUUGAUCUUUGGACCUUCGGGCCUGGAUAGGAGGCUUCUACCAGAAACCCCAGCCCCCCAUUACUCAAGUUCACAGCCAGUGUGGUUGUGUCUGACUCCACGCCUGCCCCUGGGGCCACACCCACCUGAGGAGGGGUCUUCCGAAUGGAGUCCUGGCACCACAGAGGGCAGGCCAUGCCCUUACCCACACUGCCAGGUGCUGCCAGCCCAGCCUGGUGAGUUUUCAUGGGAAGUAGGUGUCAAGGGGAGAGGAGACUAAGAGAAGCUGCGUAUUUUAGGACAGGUGAAGUCAACCAACAAGGCGUUGACAGAAGCUGAGAAGGAUACAACAGGGGUGACAUUCAGAUUAUUGAAAAACUGGCACAGCACCCCAGCUCUGCCAAGUGUUACCCAUUUAGUUGCCAGAUCAUAGGGAGGUCCCAGGGAGGUACUAGCAUGGAUGGGGCUUCAGAGAGGCACUUGGGGUGGCUCGGAGGAGGAGGAGCUUGAGGUGCUGUGUGAACAGGCCGUGUGA